CCAUCUUGGCGCAAGCCCUUGUGGCUCAGGAUUCAUAUUCGGUCAAACCUGGGUAUGCUAGCACCACCGAUACUUCAUUGAGGACAUGUUGCCCAUUUCGAAUAAGUACGCUGCUCCAUGCCGUUCCAGGCGCAUCUUGGUGGCAAUCGUAGCGUCUAUUCUACCGAGUACUCCGUUCUGCACAGGUGUCGCGGGAGCCAGCCGCCCGCUUGAAUGGCAGUCGUGCGACGUGUUCAUGAUGCAGGUUUCGGUGGACUCGUCACACGAGGUGCGGAACAUGACCAAGCGCCCAACGCAGUGGGCCCGUAGCAUUUUCCGCCGUCUCACUUCGAAAGGAAUGUCUGCGCCACAGCACGCAGGUGCGACGCCGUCGCCGACAACCUGUGUUGACUCUACAGGGGGGGCGACGAAUAGAUUCGGCAAAGGGUGUGAAGCUUAUUCGCACGAUUAUGAAAACCCCUUUGCAGGCAUCUGUUUCGACCCAUAUUACGACGAUUCGGAUUUCACGUCUGCUUCAAUGUGCUGCGUGUGUCCAGAUGAAUGCCCCGAGCUGCCACGCAUACGUCUCCACGAUGAUUGUGAGGAUUGGAUUUCCUUCUCGGAGAACAACUCCGAUGGGGAAAAUCCAGGGAGAUCGCGUCAUUCGAAUCUUGGCGGGCUGGGCCCGCAGUAUGACAUGCCAAAUGAGCUUAGAUUUUAUGGCGUUGGACGAACCGCAGAUGGGUCCCCCGUGGAUAUCACUUUCAUUAAUACAAGCAUGUAUGUUCCGAGGAACACGAAUUGGAACAACAUUUUCGGCGCCACGGCGACUGUGAACCUCCUGGUAGGGCAGUAUGUCAAUCUCAAGGCGGAGUUUGUGCGAAAUCACACCUUCUGCCCUGAGACGCCAGUCCGGCCAAAGAUCACGUUCUGUGAUGUUGACCACUACGAGAAUGGGGAGAAUGAGAUUGUGCUACUCGACGGCGUUAGCGCUGUCUACACGGUGGACGGCGACGUCGAAUUCGACAUCGAGUUGUACGAAUACGACACCAUCACCAGCAACAGUCCAGCUUCGCUGAAUUACACCACGACUUCGGUCCAGACGCCGAUCCCUGGUAGGACCUCCAGGAAGUACGUCGCCAAUUCUGGGGGCAAGUUCGGGGUAAAGGUGACCUCGCAGAUGUUCGGGCACGGCUGCGACAACCCGUCGGACGUGAACAGCUUGACCAACAUCACCUGCCCGGACGCGUCGGCCGCCACUGUGGAUCAGGCGAAGCGAUGCUUCAUGGUUGAGUUCGCUAACACAAGCGAGUUCGUCGUCGGGUUCCAGAUCCUGACGGACAUGCCGCCCGAGUACGUCCAAUUGUGGGGCCGCAAUUUCGAAAUGGCUGGGACGUCCAACUACUUCGUCGACGAGGACAGCGUCGCAUGCUUCACUGCGGCGCCGACAAGUGCGCCGACAAGUUCACCCACAUCAUCUCCAACAUUGGUUCCAACAGCCUCGCCUACAGCUUCUCCGACAGUCGCGCCGACAGCGUCACCGACUGCUGCCCCGACGGCUGCACCAUCAAGUGCGCCCACAGCUGCACCGACAGCGGCACCGACAUCUUCACCGACAGCGUCACCGACUGCUGCUCCGACGGCUGCACCAUCAAGUGCGCCCACAGCUGCACCGACAGCGGCACCGACAGCUUCACCGACAGCGUCACCGACUUCUACCCCGACGGCUGCACCAACAGGCACGCCCACAGCUGCACCGACAGCUUCACCGACAGCGUCACCGACUGCUGCCCCGACGGCUGCACCAACAAGUACGCCCACAGCUGCACCGACAGCGGCACCUACAGCUUCACCGAUAGCGUCACCGACUGCUUCGCCGACCUUGGCUCCGACUGUUCCCACGGAUGCCCCAACGCCCGCACCGACAGGAAUGCGGGUAGGCGCGUCUGGCGACCCACACUUGGUCAACGUGCAGGGGCAGCGCUUCGACGUGCUGAAGUCCGGCGUCCACGUCCUGCUUAAUGUGCCCAUGCUUGCGCCCCCGUCGCAGGCGCUGCUGCGCGUGGAGGCCGACGCCCAGAAGGUGGGGGGCGCCUGUGCGGAGACGUACUUCAUGGAAGUCAACAUCACGGGGAAGUGGGUCGAGGCCAAGAUCCACGUGCUCGGACGUGGUCACGGACUCAUGUUCCACGCAGGCGCGGGGGAGCCCCACACGGGCACGAAGUGGAUGCCUUUCGGGAAGAUCUUGCUGAAGGUGGUCCAUGGCCGCACCAGUCAGGGAACGGCAUACCUGAAUUUUUUCGCACGCAACUUGAAGAUGGCCGGCUUCCUCGUGGGAGGGCUCCUUGGAGAGGACGACCACACGGAGGCGGCUCUGCCGGCCAAGGCGUGCGUGCAGACCGUCGAGGUUUGAGUUGGUGUCUUGCAGGCGGUGAUUGUCCGCGGCAAGCUGCGUGUCUGGACCCAGACGAUGAUGAUGAUGAUGAUGAUAUGAUGUAAGUGAUUGUGAUAGUUAUCGUGAUGGUUCGCGUGUGUGUCCAGAGAAGACACACAACCAUUUAAGAUCUUGUGACGGGCGUUGCCUCACAUGCUCUGCUGGGUCAGGUCGACUUUGUAAUACAGGAACAAAAAAUCACGCUCUCGCGAGGGACGUAUUCAUCAUGUAUACAGGAAUCGCGCUCUCGCGUAGGACUUCCUCGCAAUGUAUUCAGACGCCGCGCCUUCCACACUUAGGAAUCACGCUC